AUGGCCCAAGGGUAUAAAGCCCUGCUUUUUCUCAUUCAGUUGGGGCUGCAUAACUCAUCUUUGUUUUUCCUUUCUCUUUCCUUCUUUAUCCCCUUUUUUUGCUUUGCUCCAGCUAUACUUCCUACACCUUCAGCCUUGAGUGUCACUGCUGCCUUAGAACAGCCUGGACCUACCCUUCCGCCUCCUUGCUCUCUGGUCCCCCAACAAGGCCCUCUGGCAACUGCUAACCAGCCUUCCCCAUUCCCUACUCCCUCAACCCCUUUUGAGGUCCCUUUUCCCCACUCAUCCUUAGAGACAGCCCUAGCUUUGGGAGGUUCCCCUUCCCCUGCUGGUACCCCCACUUUCCUACCAGACCUAAUAGGGCCUCCCAUCUCCCCAGCUGCCUUAGCUCUAGCCUCUCCCAUGAUAGCUCCGGCUUUGAAAGGAGCCCAUUCCUCUUCAGCUCCCUUGGCUCUAGUGGCCUUGGCUCCCCCCUCAGUUCAGAAGAGCUCUGCUUUUCCACCUAACCCUCUGACCUCGCCUCCUCCAGUUGUUGCCACUGAGUCAGGAUUAAUGACAUCUCUUUCAACUCCCGUUGCUCCCUCAGACCCAAAGACUUCUAUUCAGGUUCCCUCUCAGGUAGUCACUAACCCAAAAGGUACCCCCAGUCCUCCAGGUAUAGUCAGUGAUGUUUCACCCCACUUUGUAACUCCUUUGGCCCCUGUUCAAUCUGUAGUGACCCCGUGUCCUCAAACACCACCCGCUGCUCCCCUAACCAUCACUUCCUCUCAGGUGAAAGGCAUCCCUGUUCCCUCAGCUCUGAUUUCUCCACAAAACCCAGUAAACAUCACCUUAAAAGGGUCCCUUAGUCCACCUGCUGCCUUACCACUUUCAACCCAGUGUGUUCCUACGACCACCUCUUCUCAAAAGACUGCAGCUCCCAGUGUGCCCCCAGUUUUCCUCACUUCUCUGGGUUCUCAUCUUGUACCUUUACAUGAGAGUUCUUUUAGUUCUCCUGUCCAACCUUCAGGUCAAACAGGCCCUUAUGUUCUCUCAGAUCCUACAGUGGAUACUGUCCCUGUGGGUCAUUCUCAGAGAUCUGUAAUUCCUCCCCUUCCUUCCAGAAAUGAGGUGGUUCCUGCAGUUGUGGGUGCUUUUCCAGUGACUUCCCCUUUGGUUUUGACUUCCCCCUCUACCAUCACUAGUGACAGCACUUCUGGCUCUCCAAAUGUAGCUACCUCUUUUCCAUUAUCUCUUACAGCUUCUCUUAUUCCCAGAGACUCUCCUGAUUCUGCUCAUGAUCAGUCUUUGGUGUCCCAGGUUCCUGCUUCUCCAGGGAGUCCAGGUUUAAAAGAAGCUCCUGUUUCUUUUGUUGGAGCCACACCACUUGUGAUAACUAGCCCAUCUGCAAUUUCUGCAGCACCUCCCAUCUGUGAGGUAGCUACUUGUAUCUCUUCUCCAGUUUCAUCAGCUUCCCAUACUACCUUGGUUAUAGCACCUGUGGUUCCCAAAGAGCUUCCUACUCCUCAAGAACUAACCACUCUGGGGACAGCAGUCUCUCCUCCUCCUCUGCCAGUUCCUGAAGACUCCAGAAGUCUCCCCACUUCAGUACUUGUAAAACUUCCAACACAGAAAGAUCUCCAAACUGUACCUGCCUGUCCUGUAAGAGACCCUAUUUCUCCAGACCAGCCAGGACUCUCCACCAAGAAAGACCCUACUCUACCGCCAUUGGCUCUGGCAGCCCCUAAAGAUUCCCCUUCUCCCCAGAGUUUGCCUUCUCUGGAGAUGUCUCUUUCUCCUAAAGCUGCCUUAGCAAAGGAGAGCCCUGUAAAAUUUCUUCCUGUAGUUGAGCUAGCCAACACUAUUACCUCUUCUCCGGGUGUUCUUAACUCCCCAGCCUCUGUAAUCAAGACAGAUUCUUAUACCAGCCCAGGCCCUGCUAGUGUGCUCCUCAAAAGUUUUCCCACUACUCCAACAGUAGCUACAUUUUCUUUGGAAAGUGGUGCCUCUGCAGCUCCUACAGACAUCCCAAAUAAGAAAGAUCCUGCUGCCCCUGCUGGGGUAGCUCCUGCAACUGCCACAGCUACUGCUAUUCCUAUAACUACAGCCAUCCCUUUUCUAGAAGGAGCUGUCUCUUCAGAAGCUCCUAAAAGUCAGCCAGCCAAGAAAGGUGCUUCCACUCUACCUUUGCUUCCUUCAGCCUCUGUAACUUGCCCUGUGGCUCCAGCUGUGAUUUCAUCCCCCCAGGUUGUUUCUACUUCUGUAGCUACCUUGGCACUGGCCCCUGAAAUAACCAAGUCUGUGCCCUUGCCCUCUCUUCCCCCAACUGGGAUGCCUCCUCCAAAUGCAGAGGAAGUUGAUGAUAUUUCUCAUACAGCAGCAUUGGCACCUGCUGCUUCCUCUACUCAUGGGCACCCAGCUGAGAAAGGCUCGGGUGCUUCUGUUACUGCAUCUUCCAAAGGAACUCAAACUUACCUAGCUGAUUCACCAUCUCCUUCAGGGACCAGUGUGUCUCCUCAGACUAAAAGACCUCCAGCCAAGAAGGGUUCAGCUCCUUCCCCUACUACCUUGACUCUUGCUCCUUCAGUUUCUAAAAGUGUGCCUGCUAUCCCUGAUUCUCCAGUUGGAAAUCUCCCAUUGCCUAUUUCUCCAGUUGAAGUUCCCUUUCUUCCAGAAGCCAGUCUUUCUUUUCAAGGCCCUAAAGGCUCACCAGCCAAAAAGCAUUCUCCUACUCCUCCAUCCUGUAAAGGGGCCUCUGCUUUCCCAUCCCCCAAAGAUGCCCCUACUACCCCUGUUCUGGUUCCCUCCCCCAAAGAGACCCUAUUAACCCCAUCCCCCAAAAGAGCCCCUACUCCCCAAGCUAUAACUCUUCCCUCCUCUAAAGGGGAUCCCAAUCCCUCAGCUGAGAUUCUUCCAUCUCCCAAGGGGACCUCUGCUAUUUCAUCCCCUAAAGGGGAUCCCACUACCCCAGCUGUAACUCCUCCCUUUAAAGGGGACCCUAAUCCUCCAGCUGAGACUCCUCUACCUACCCCAACCACCAAGAAGGCCCCUACUACCCUACUUGUAACUCCUCUCUCCUCUAAAGGGGACUCCAUUCCUCCAGUUGAGAUUCUUCCACCCACCAAGGGGGUCCCCAAAACCUCAUCCACCAAGGGGUCACCUUCUGCCCCACCUGAAAUUCCUUUCUCUAAAAGGGACCCCAGUCCUCCAGCUGAGACUCCUCCACCCACUAAGGGGACACCUGCUACCCUAGCCACCAAGAAGUCCCCUGCUACCCCAUCUGUAACUCCUCUCUCCUCUAAAGGGGACCUCCGUCCUCCAGCUGAGGCUCUUUCACCUACUAAGGGGGUUCCUCCUACCCCACCCACCAAAUGGGCCCCUGCUACUCACCCUGUAACUCCUCUCUCCUCUAAAGAGGGUCCUAAUCCUCCAGCUGAGACUCCUCCAUCCACCAAAGGGGCCUCAGAUACCCCAUGCCCCAAGAGGACCCCUGCUACUCCACCCACCAAAGGGACCUCCUCUAAACCACGCAACAAGGGGGUCUCUAAAGGGGACCCCAAUCCUCCAGCUGAGACUCCUCCAUCCACCAAAGGCGCCCCUGCUACCCCACCCACCAAGGGGCCCCCUCCUUCCCUUUCCCCAAAGAGGACCCCUGUUAUCCCACCCGCCAGGGAGCAGGAGGCCCUUGCUGCCCCAAAUAUAACUCCUCUCUCCUAUAAAGGGGACCUAAAUCUUCCAGCAGAGACUCCUCCAUCCACCAAGGGGUCUCCUCCUACCCUACCCACCAAGGGGACCCCUGCUAUCCCAGCUAUGACUCCUCCUUCCUCUAAAGAGGACCCCAGUCCUCCGGCUGCUAUUCCUCCAUCUCUCAAAGGGGUCCCAGCUACUCCAUCCCCUAUAGAGGCCCCCACUGUCCUAGCUAUAACUCCUCCCUCUUCUAAAGGGACCCCCAUUCCCCUAGCUGAGACUCCUCUGUCCCCCCAAAAGGCCUCUGCUGCCCCAUCCCCCAAAGGCACUCCUGCUAUUCCAGCUGUGGCUCCUUCCUCCCCCAAAGGGGCCCCUCCUUCCCCAGUUUCAGUCAACUGUCCCUUGGAGACCAUUGCCCCUCAGUCAUCUAAAGGGGAGCCCUUUACAAAGAAAGGUCCUGCAACUUUCCAGGAAGUACCUGUUGCCCCAGGACCAGUCAUCCCAGCUGCCACCCAGAAAGGUCCACCAGCCAAGAAAGGUUCUGCCGCUUCGCCUCCUACAUGCCCAGAUUCCUCAGCUAAGAAUGGAAAUAAAGGACCCCUUUCUUCAGUGCCUCCAGCCCCUCCAAAGACUCCCAAAGUCCUCCCUGUCUCUGCAGUGAAGGACAAAGAUUCUGUUCAUUCCCCAAAGGGUUCCUUGGAGGCUCCUGAGUCUAAGACCUCUAUCCCUCUAGCAACAGCUGCCUCUGAGAAAGUCCUUCCUAAAGCUGGGUCAGCAUCUGUCUCUCCAGGACCUACCCCAGCAGUCUCUCUGCCUCUUGCUCCCUCCCCGGUUCCCCCUCUGCUUCCUAAACAGCAACUUCCACCGUCCUCACCUGGGCUGGUGCUGGAAUCACCCCAUAAGCCCCCAGCCCCUGCUGAUGAGGAUGAAUUGCCGCCUCUGAUUCCCCCGGAACCAGUCUCAGGGGGAGUGCCUUUCCAGUCCGUCCUCGUCAACAUGCCUAUCCCAAAACCUGCUGGAAUCCCUGCCCCAACCCCCUCCACCAAGCAACCUGUUCUGAAGAACAAUAAGGGUAUUUGCCUUGGUUUGCUGUGUGCAUGGUGUGUCGCCCACACCCCUCUUGGGGUCUACCCACCAAUACUAACCCUAGGAUGCGCCGCUUUCUCUGAUGUAUCUGCUUGUGUUUGGACAUAGAACAUAGAAUGAUAAUUUUACAUGCAAGAGCUCUCCGGAUAUGAAAUCAAAUCUUGGUUUUCAUCACCUCAGAUUGUUCAUUGUGAAUCAACUUGUGUCAAGUGAUCUCCAGACAGAACUCUGGGUCUGCCAUAUUUUUUUACCUAACUAAUCUGACUUUGAAAACCAAGACCUACCAGACCUUUAAUUUGCUCUAAUCUCUACCACAUCACUAACCUUGUCCCUGGGCCUGGAAUUUGCUACAAAUAUGGGGGAAUCUGGAGUAAUUUGAAUUUCUUUUCUCUUCUUAAACUUAGUAAUGACCAGUUGCCCAGGGACACCCUUAAAACUGUAUAGAGACCUGUUUUUUCUUGCCUGAGAAUGAUGGUGGUAUAUGCUUUUUUCCCUCAGUAAUCUUUACUGAUGCUUGGCCCUUCAAUUGAGGGAAACUUAAAAUAUCUGAAUUAUGUUUGGAAGAAAUGAGGGCGGACACAAGACAGUAUCUAGUGGAGGAGAUGAUUAUUAGAGUUAUAGGUCGACGUCACUGAGAAUCUUCAAGCUAUAUUGAUUAGAUCAAAUUGCUAGGGUGAAGUGGUUUGAAAAUAAGACCAAACGUGUAUACACAACUGCUUCUUGCCUCUCCCAACCCAGGAUGAGGGGAAAGUGCCCUGCCUCCACAAUGUGACAUCAUUGUUUUUUGUUUUUUCACUUAAAUGUAUCUGGAGACACCUUGUCUGCCAGAACCUUUCUGUGGUGGUAUUGGGUUUUUAGAGUUCGGUGGGUUAUUGGUGUUUUCCUGGCCAAGAAGUAAAGACCCUGAGGGAAAGGAAGCAGAGUAUGUAAACUGCUCAGUUGUUUCUAGUUAUUACCCCUCAUUUCUGGGGCUGGGUCUUCUAAUGAAUGUGUACACACUAGUUUCUAUAUCAGGAGCCAUGGAGCUGACUUCAGCCAACUCAGUUGGUUUACAAAUAACUUUGUGAGGUUCAGGCAAGCCAUGGUGAGAUGACCGCUCCCUACACUCUACUAUUAAAUAGCAAAAGCUGUUUGUCA